AUGUGUACUUCCAAGAAAUCAUCGCCAAAUACCCCAUACACUACCGGCGGGAUUACUCAUAGGUUGUCUGACAUCGAUUUCGCAAGUGUGGACAAGAACGAGUGUUAUGAGUUUAUCGAAAGGUUCAUUAGAGAAAAGUCAAUUGCUUAUGAAUGUGGUGUUAUACUCCCUGUGUAUGUAGACCAUUUUGGUAAUAGUAACAUGCAGGAAUGGUUGGAUGAACACAAAGAAGAGAUUGUUGAUAACAUAGAGGAAGAAGUGAUUGAUGGUGCAUGA